GAAUCAAUUUUACCCGAACAGUUGAAGUAGUGACACCGCGCUGUCAAAAACAGGAAGUUAAGAAUGUAGAGUAAUGUGGCAUCUCCUUUCAUUGAUCUCAUUUCCUCAUUUUUUAUUUUUAAUUACAUAACCUAUAGCCACAAGCAACUGAACGUGUUGUGUUUAUGCUCUGUAAGGCACACGGCAUGCGAACCAAACUGCCUUUGCAGCAAAGGAAGUCCAGACACAUGUUACUCUAAUGCUGAUGAUUAGUCCCAGAAUGGCCUCUGGAAUGCAAGAGAAACAAUACACACCAACUCUGCUCAGUUUUUUCAUUUAUAAUCCUACAUUUGGACCUCGGGAAGGAGAGGAAGAGAAGAAAAUUUUGUUUUACCACCCAAGUGAUGUGGAGAAGAACGAGAAGAUCCGAAAUGUGGGCCUUUGUGAAGCCAUUGUACAGUUCACCAGGACAUUCUGUCCAACAAAACCAGCGAAGUCCCUGCACACACAGAAGAACCGACAAUUUUUCUUUGAGCCUGAGGACAAUUUCUGGAUAGUCAUGGUGGUUCGAAACCCCAUGAUUGAGAAACCAAACAAAGAUGGUAAACCUCCAACAGUAGAAUAUCAGGAAGAGGAAAUACUUGACACUGUUUACAAUGCAGUGGUAAGGCAGUGCUACAAUAUGUAUAAGCUCUUCAAUGGAACAUUUGGCAGAGCAAUGGAAGCCGGCGGAGUGGAGCUGCUCAUUCAGAAACUUGAAAAGUUCUUCUACAGGUAUCUGCAGACUCUCCACUUGCAGUCCUGCGACCUGCUGGACGUAUUUGGAGGCAUCAGCUUCUUCCCACUGGACAAGAUGACCUACCUAAAGAUCCAGUCUUUCGUCAACAGAGUGGAGGAGAGCCUCAGUCUGAUCAAAUACACAGCCUUCCUGUAUAACGACCAGCUUAUUUGGAGCGGACUGGAACAAGAUGACAUGAGAAUCCUGUACAAAUAUCUGACCACCUCUCUGUUCCCCAGACACUCUGAACCAGAGCUGGCUGGCAGAGACUCCCCUCUGAGGCCAGAGGUCGCAGGGAAUCUGUUGCACUAUGGGAGGUUUCUGACAGGACCUGCCAAUCUUAAAGAUCCAGAAGCUAAGUUCCGGUUCCCGAAAAUAUUCGUCGGCGCAGUGGAUGGCAAUGAGGAGCUGCAUCUGAUUGUUUAUAAGGCGAUGAGCGCUGCAGCUUGUUUCAUGGUCAGUGCCUCUGUGGAGCUGACGAGGGACUUCUGUGAGCAGCUGGACAGCUUGGUGGGCCCUCAACUCACUUUGCUGGCAUCUGACAUAUGUGAACAGUUCACUAUUAACCGCAGGAUAUCAGGGCCUGAGAAGGAGCCCCAGUUUAAGUUCAUCUACUUCAACCACAUGAACUUAGCAGAGAAGAGCACCAUCCACAUGAGGAAGACUGCCAGUGUUUGUCUCACCUCUGUCCACCCCGACCUCAUGAAGAUCCUGGGAGACAUCAACUGUGACUUUGCUAGGGUGGAUGAAGAUGAAGAAAUCAUUGUAAAAGCUAUGACAGACUACUGGGUAGUUGGCAAGAAGUCAGAUCAGAGAGAACUGUAUGUGAUCCUGAAUCAGAAGAAUGCCAACCUGAUCGAAGUAAACGAGGAGGUAAAGAGGCUUUGUGCGACGCAGUUCAACAACAUUUUCUUCUUGGACUGAUGCAUCAGACAGAGAGAGACUGUCUCACCACACUAAAAGCUGUCAGUAUUGCAGGGUAUCAUGACAGCAUCAACGUAAUGCAAUAAUUGCAUUGUAAAAAAAGAAAAAAAAUAAAAGCUCUGCCACCAAGUUUGUUUUUUUUGUUUAACCUAUAAAAAUUGUAAUUUUUGCUUGUAAUUAAGCGUACAUCCAGAUUUCUACUGCACAUGUACAUUAUUUCUUUCUUUCUUUGUACAUAAUGUUUUGUUAGCUGGAUGUUUUGAUUUCUUUCAAAUUCCAAUUUGUUCUUUUUUUUCUUUUUAAUGAACAUGCCAUCAUAAUGUCUCAAAUUAAUUUAAAAACUGACAAACCCAGAAAAGUUUACUCAAGGUUUCUUUGAUGAUCAGUUAUGAUUUUAAAAUAAGAUGUUAUGUAAAAAGUGUUGUGGUUUGUAAACAACUGCGCUAACUUUAAAUAAAUUAAGAAAUUGUUUUA